AUGUUACUCAAGACCAACCCCCAUCCCAGACGCAAAUUUGGAACUGGAAUCCCACUUCGUAUCAAACUCGGCAGCCGGAAUCUAAUCUACAUCUCCUCGCCAUCAGCAAUCCUCGCCCUCUUCCGCCACAGUAAAGACCUGACUACCAUCCCCUCUAUCGUAAGACUCUUGCAGAACACCUUCGGAGCACCAAAAUCCAUUCGUAUGAUCCUGGAAAGAGAUAAUACCGGGCUUUCCCAAACACCAAUUGAUGGGAGUAAUCCGCUUGCGGAGAAGGACAGGUAUUGGUAUAACAUGCAUAGAGUUUUACAUACCAAUCUUCAAGGAACAUCUCUAGAAGAACUUUCGUCGAGAUUCAUCAAGAAUUUGGAAGGGGAGUUGGAGAAAUUGUGUGACGGGCUUGAAGGCAACUGGUUUGACUUUCCAGAUUUUUCUGAGCUUGUUAGGCGGGUUUGUUUCAAGGCUUCUGUGGUAGCACUUUGUGGCCCCCAUAUCUUCGACCUACUACCCAAUUUCGCGGACCUAUUCUGGGAUUUUGACGCGAAUAUUAUCGAUCUUAGCAAUGGCAAACCACGAUGGCUCAUCCCUAAUGGAUAUAGAGCGAGAGAUAGAUAUCUCGCCGCAGUCAAGAAGUGGAAUCUUUUCGCCAAGGAAAACGCGCGAGAUUGUGGGGAUGCCGAAUGGGAUGAGUUCUACGGUAGUAAAGUUAUGAGAGAGCGAGCUCAAGUACUUGGCAAAAUAGAGGGGUUCAGUGCAGAUAUGCUCGCAAGUCAAACUUCUGCGAUGAUCUGGGGGUAAGUAUCCCUUCCUCAAAUGAACUUGCCUUCUCAUGAACGAGCUCGGCUAACUAAAUUUCAAAUAGAGCGAGCGGCAAUAUUAUCCCCGCUAUCUCAUGGUGCCUAAUUGAAACCCUCACCCGACCCUCUCUCCUCACUUCCGUCCUCCAAGAAAUCACUCCCUCUUCAGCAGCCGAUAUACUCAACAUCUCUUCCCUCCUCUCUUCCCCCCUUCUCCAAUCCCUCUUCAGCGAGGUACUCCGCCUCCGCACCUCAGUAACUGUUCAACGCACCCCUCGAAGCGACUUCCAGCUCGGAUCCUACAAAAUCCCAAAGGGCUCAGUGAUGUUUUCGAGCAGCUGGCACGAACAAAGAGAUCCAACCAUAUGGAACGAAUCACCCACCCUACGCUCGCCCGUCCCCCAUCCGCUUACUGACUUCUGGGCCGAGAGAUUCUUGAUUUACGACGAUGAUCCAUAUUCCGGCCCUUCCUUACCCUCCACUACUACCUCUCCUACAUCCAAACCACCUUACGACACGACCAUGAAACCAAAAUUCACCAUCACCCCCGUAAGUGGCUCCUUCAUCCCCUUCGGCGGCGGUAAAAAGGUCUGUCCGGGUAGGUUCUACGCAAAGUACGAAGCCAUCUGUGGAAUGGCAUUAUUCCUUUCCAUGUAUGAGAUAGAAUUGGAUGUCAAGGCAGGAGAGGUGGAGAUGAAUAAAAAGUUCUUCUUCGGGGGGGUUAUGCCUUCUAAGAAUAAGAUCUCAGGGAGGAUGAGGAGACGUUUGUGA